AUGUCGAUGAACACCUCUGUUCGGAAAGAUGGCAAGAAAAAUCUGGCUUCCCAAUACUUGGAGGCAAUUAGCAUGCCCCACUUGUCACCCCUGAAACCAACCAACUCAUAUAACACUAAAACUCCUAGCUCUCCAACCAGAAGAGCUACCACUACAAAUCUUAAAGAAAAUGAAACACCAUUCAAGUCUCCCCAGAAAACAACGUUUCUGGAGAAUGAUUCUCCUGUGAAAAGACUGAUUAAACAAAAGGAGCAAGAUACCAUUGAGAACAACGCCUCAAACUUUAUACCCAUUCCUGCUCCGUUUAAUUUCAAUAAACCUAGGUCUGAACCGCUGCACAAGCCAACCAAAAGCGAGAUCAAGACAAUGGGCCAGAUUAGCAGUGCAAUAUCAAACUCCCCGUCACUGAAGAACCUAAACAAGUUGAGAACGAUCGAGAACAAGUUACGCAAAACUUCCCGUGUUGAGUCGGUCUCGAAGAAAUUUCAGUCAACGCCAGUAGGUGCUGACUUAGCAUCUCAGACGGAGGAAGAGCCUGCCAAGUCCGGGUCUUGGAUGGAUCAUGAUAGGAAGUCACUGCAAACGUAUGAGUUUUUGUGUCGCGUGACAGAAAUCAAAAUAUGGAUGGAAGAAUGUUUGGACAUCAGGAUAGAUUUGCAAAAUGACUCAAUUGCCGACUUUCAAGACUACAUUAGAAACGGAAUUUUGGUCGCAAAGCUUGCUCAGAAGUUCGGUUACUCUAAAGUCAAAAAUAUCUACUAUGGAGAGAACAACCCAUCAGGCACAAACUACAAGAACAAAAGCGGUUUGUACUUCAAGUUUACCGAGAACAUUGUUGUGUUCCUCGAGUUCCUCAGGAGUAUACAACUUCCAGAGAUGUUUAUUUUUGAGACAGCGGAUCUCUUUGAGACCAAGAACAUUCCGAAAGUCAUUUUCUGCUUGCACGCACUGAGCUAUAUGAUGGCAGCUACCAACAAGGCUCCUCAGUUGAGACGUUUAGAUAAAUAUGAUAUCAAGGACUCGGACAUCAAAAAGAUCCAAAUCAAAAUCAGAGGCCUCAAACUGCCGAAUUUCAAGAACAUCGACGACGGGGUCCGAGUGAACCUUGGCGACAGCUUGAUUACGACCAGGGUGUCUGAGGAAGAGAGUCGAGCACAACUGACCUCUCAUCCGGAUAACACCUCAAUGAGGACCGCCAAAGUUGUGGACACAGCGUCAGCUAUAGAAGAGACUGCGCAUGCUAGACACUUGUUCAAAGAAAAAUAUACCCAAGACGACUUUGAUGUUGACAUCGACGAUAUUCAUGCCAAAUACACUUCUAUGAUCGAUCAGGACAAUGGUCUAAGCUUGAAGCCUGCAAGCGAACAGAGUUAUGUGGCUCAGCUCAUCCAGCUACAAGCAAUUGCACGCGGGACCCUCUUGCGCUAUGAAUUGUUCGUAAACAGGUUCAUGCUCAAGGUAUUCACGCCAGACAUAAUCAUAUUCCAAUCUCUCAUUAGGGGGAGGUUAGCCAGAUCCAAGAAGGCCACCACGCACCAGUCGCUCAUGGCAAACUCUAGAUCUCUUUCUGUGCUCCAGGCCAUUUUGAAAAAUGCAAAACGAGAGGAUAAAUAUUCGGCAACAAGAUCCAAACUGUUGCAAAACGAACAACUGGUUAUUCGGCUACAGAGUUGGAUCAGAGGUGGAUUUACCAGAGAAAAGAAAUAUGCAGAUAGAAAGGCGCUCCUUCGCCAAACGAGUGCAAUUAUCAGGUUGCAAGCCUGCAUCAGGGGAAAGCUGAUAAGGGAACAUGAGAGCUAUUUAGAGCAUAAGCUUGCUCAUCGUGCACAAAAGGCUCCACGAAGAGGUCUUCCUAUUAGUGUUUCAUGUCAAGAACACCUUUCCAUCCACUACGUUGAAAAGGACUAUAGGCUUAACGAGUUGCUAGCUAUUUGCAGAGGAAAACUGGUUAGGGACGAUAUUGCGCAUAAACGUAAACAACUCUACAAAGAAGCAUCUGCUGUCAAACAACUACAAACAAUAUUCAGAGGUGUCCUGCAGAGAUUUUACAUCGAGAUUCUUCAGGAUGAUUUACAGGACGCCGAGGAAUCGAUUACAGGCCUUCAGUCCGAUGUUAGGGGCUACUUGCAGCGGAAACGUAUAAGGGAUAGAGAAGAAUGGUUCAGGAGACCCGAUAAUCUUGCAAAGAUCAUCAAGCUUCAAAACUGGUUCCGCGCCGCUCGCACUAAGCACGAUUAUAAGUCCUUGAUCUAUGAGAAGAACCCUCCUCUGAAAGCUAUAAAGAAUUUUAUCAAUUUGCUUGACGGUCCUGGCUCUGAACUCGAGGACGAAAAAAAGAUCCAGAAGUACAAGGAUGAAAUUGCAAAGGAGACAAGAAGAAUCGAGCAGUGGGAGCUGGAUCUCAGUCAACUAGGUGCCAAGAUUCAGCUUCUGAAAAAGAACAAUGUUUCUCUGGACGAGCUUCUGAAAUUCAAGGAUGAAAACAUGAAUUUAACUGGAUACUCCAACAAUCUCAAUGAAAGUCUCAGUAAGAGUUUAGGAGGACACCCCGAGCAACUUUUGAUCAAGCCUAUCAGAACUCUGACCAGAUUGUACGAGAAAUUCUUCUAUCUGCUGCAGACAAAGCCAUGUUAUUUUGGCCAUUUACUGACUCUAGUCGACAAUGAGACCGUUAGUUUAGAUUUGAGCAGCGGCUCCAUUGAAGACUGGAUUCUGAAAUGUUUCAACUUCAGCAAUUUUUCAGCACCGGCAUCGACCGCUCCGAAGCGAGAAGAGUUUCUCCUCAUGCAAUUAAUAUUGUUUGCCUCGAAUGAGUGCUUCCAACAGUUGGGCUCCGUUGCCCGGCUCAAAAACUUUUUGAAGUCCAGACAGACGCUAUCAAAUAUAAGCACAAAAAGUUGGGAGUCCCUGCUCAUGACUUAUGUCAAUUCACCUCAGGAGAGAGCUUUAGCAAAGAGUAUUUUGGUCGACUGUGUUUGGAAAGUGGCUUCGGACGAAGACGCAUCUUACGAAGCUGAUCCUACAGCCAUUUAUAGAGACAUUAUUGAGCGCGAUGAACUGGAAGGUCGAAUGACUCUGAAGUCCAUGGACGACUUAGACAACAUGGAUCCAAUUGACGAUGAUGACACUAGGAAACAAUUUGUGAAAAACUUGACACAGCUGAGAGAGGCUUCUUACGAUGUGAUGAAAACAAUCGGUAACCUCGUCGACAAAGUUCCAGUUUUUAUCAGAGUGAUCUGCCGUGGAGUCUACGAUCAAAUGAAGAAACUUUAUCCAGGAGAAGCAGAAAGAUUCUACCUGAGUGCUGCUGGUUCGAUAUUCAUGAAGUCAUAUGUGCUUCCUAUACUACUCACGCCGGAGAAUUAUGGAAUCAAUAUAGACAGUAUCGUCGAUGAUGAGUCUCAUGUUUCGAGGGUUAGAAACAACCUCUUGCAAGUUGCCAAAGUCUUGAACCAGUUGGUUUUGAUGAGGCCUUUCAACACUGAGAAUGUAUAUUUGCAACCAUUGAACCCGUUUGUCGAGGAGUUUGUGGAAGGAAUCAGAAAGAUCCUCAAAGACCUCAUUGACGUAGGCACGAUCGAAGAAGCUUAUCAAAUGAAAUCCUCAUAUGACGAUGUGGUUUCCAACCAGAAGCCCAAGCUGGAACUCUUGAAGGACGACAUUUCAGAAUUUUUGCAAAUAGUCUUUGAUCACCAAGAUCUCCUGGUGACACAAAAAAACGACUAUUUGCACUUCUUGCUAAUGGAGAUUGAAGAGUAUUCAUCCUAUCACAACAAAAUCGAAACCAGAAACGGUCUGGUUGAGAUGUAUUUGCAACCAAUUGCCGAAAGUACCGAUCCGGAAGUUGUUGGUACAAAGGUGGCUCUCUUGGAGGUGAAGGAAUACCUGAUAUACAUUAUUAAAGUGCAAGAUGGAGCGGAUUUGCUGGAUUUACUGUUGAGUGAGAUCACUCCGCUUGACGAGCUCCGAUUCAAAGAGAUAAUCAAAGAAGAGAAGGCGAACAGUGCCCUACCAGAGUUUGGCAUGGAGAGGCGAACAUUGCGCAAGAUCCACAGCUCGACAUUCCCCCAACUGAAGAAGCGGGCCAUUGAACUCCUUCUUGAACUCGAGAAUAAUGGAUAUAUUAGUCGUGAAGACGGCUACCAGGCAAUACUUAAUGAAAUAGCGCACGACAUCAAGAUGAACAAAUCGAAAAAAGAGGAAAGGGAGCGCCAACUCAAGCUGGUUAUCGACACACUGACGAAGCUGAAGAAGAAAGAGAGAACGUGUUCGAAGGUUUACUCUGACUACAUCAAAGAAAUCGACAGGGUGAUGAUGCGCAUGCAGCACCAGAGCGUGCAUAAGAGAAAGGGGCCACUGCUCAAGUACUUCUCGAAGCAGUAUUACCAUGAAAAAGAGCUCAAGAAGAAGAAAGGAUACGUUCCUAAAUUCGGAUCUUACAAGCACUCUGCCAAGCAUUUGAUGGAUCGCCAUAUCCUGAUUGAGUUUUGUAAUGCUACUCUCACUUCUUUUGCCUUAAGUCGGAUUCAUCUCACCAUCAGCUGUGAGCGCCAGGGAGAGUUCACGUUUGAUAUUUCCAAGAACUCGCUUGGUGUUAGUGGUCAUGAAAGGAUCACCAUGGACGACUUCCUUAACCUACAAUAUGAACACAAGAAGACAGUGAAACUGUUUGGUGAUAGCGUACUGUUUGAUACAGACAACUUGGUGGCGUUUAUUUUCAAGAAGUUUUAUGAGGUGAACGAGAGUGUGUAG